UCUACUCUCGCGGGGCCGCCUCGCCCGGUUCCGGUUCCGGUUCCGCUGCCGCCGCCCACGCAGCGGGGUCCAGCCUGUGCCGUGCUUUAAGGAAGUGGAACCAUGACAGACUCCAAAUACUUCACCACCAAUAAAAAAGGAGAGAUUUUUGAACUGAAGGCUGAGCUCAAUAAUGAAAAGAAAGAGAAGAGGAAAGAAGCUGUGAAGAAGGUUAUAGCAGCCAUGACCGUGGGGAAGGAUGUGAGCUCACUCUUCCCUGAUGUUGUGAACUGCAUGCAGACUGACAACCUGGAGCUGAAGAAGCUGGUCUACCUGUACCUGAUGAACUAUGCCAAAAGCCAGCCAGACAUGGCCAUCAUGGCUGUCAACAGCUUUGUCAAGGACUGUGAGGACCCCAACCCCCUGAUCCGGGCGCUGGCCGUGCGCACCAUGGGCUGCAUCCGCGUGGACAAGAUCACCGAGUACCUGUGCGAGCCUCUGCGCAAGUGCCUGAAGGACGAGGACCCCUACGUGCGCAAGACCGCGGCCGUCUGCGUGGCCAAGCUGCACGACAUCAACGCCCAGAUGGUGGAGGACCAGGGCUUCCUGGACUCCCUGCGGGACCUCAUCGCCGACUCCAACCCCAUGGUGGUUGCCAACGCUGUGGCUGCGCUGUCGGAAAUCAGCGAGUCGCAUCCCAACAGCAACCUGCUGGAUCUGAACCCUCAGAACAUUAACAAGCUGCUGACAGCUUUAAAUGAGUGCACAGAGUGGGGCCAGAUCUUCAUCCUGGACUGUCUGUCCAACUACAACCCCAAGGAUGACCGUGAAGCUCAGAGCAUCUGUGAGCGGGUGACCCCUCGGCUGUCUCACGCCAACUCGGCAGUGGUGCUGUCGGCAGUGAAGGUCUUGAUGAAGUUCCUGGAGCUGCUUCCCAAGGACUCUGACUACUACAACAUGCUGCUGAAGAAACUGGCCCCUCCCCUGGUGACCCUGCUGUCUGGAGAGCCUGAAGUUCAAUAUGUUGCCCUGAGGAACAUCAACUUGAUCGUGCAGAAAAGACCUGAGAUCCUGAAGCAGGAGAUCAAAGUGUUCUUUGUGAAGUACAACGACCCCAUCUACGUCAAGCUGGAGAAGCUGGACAUCAUGAUCCGCCUGGCCUCGCAAGCCAACAUUGCUCAGGUCCUGGCAGAGCUGAAGGAAUAUGCCACGGAGGUGGACGUGGACUUCGUGCGCAAGGCGGUGCGAGCCAUCGGGCGCUGUGCCAUCAAGGUUGAGCAAUCUGCAGAGCGCUGUGUCAGCACCCUGCUGGACCUCAUCCAGACCAAGGUCAACUACGUGGUGCAGGAGGCCAUCGUCGUCAUCAGAGACAUCUUCCGCAAGUACCCCAACAAGUAUGAAAGCAUCAUUGCCACCCUCUGUGAGAACCUGGACUCCCUGGAUGAGCCUGAUGCCAGGGCUGCCAUGAUCUGGAUCGUGGGGGAGUACGCCGAGAGGAUCGACAACGCCGACGAGCUGCUGGAGAGCUUCUUGGAGGGCUUCCACGAUGAGAGCACCCAGGUGCAGCUCACCCUCCUGACUGCCAUAGUGAAGCUGUUCCUGAAGAAGCCUUCUGAGACACAGGAGCUGGUACAGCAGGUCCUCAGCCUGGCCACACAGGAUUCUGACAACCCAGACCUGCGGGACCGAGGCUACAUCUACUGGCGCCUGCUCUCCACGGACCCAGUGACUGCCAAAGAGGUGGUGCUGUCAGAGAAGCCUCUCAUCUCUGAGGAGACAGACUUGAUUGAGCCAACCUUGCUGGAUGAGCUCAUCUGCCACAUUGGCUCUUUGGCUUCUGUCUACCACAAACCGCCCAACGCCUUCGUGGAGGGCAGCCAUGGCAUCCACCGCAAGCAUCUGCCCAUCCACCAUGGCAGCACUGAUGCAGGCGACAGCCCCGUGGGCACCACAGCCACCACGAACCUGGAGCAGACUCAGGUCAUCCCCUUGCAGGGUGACCUUUUGGGUGACCUUCUCAACCUGGAUCUGGGACCCCCAGUGAAUGUUCCCCAAGUGCCCUUCGUGCAGAUGGGUGCUGUGGACCUCCUGGGAGGAGGGCUGGACAGCUUGCUUGGCUGUGACCUUGGCGGGGGCAUUGGAGGAAGCCCGGCACAGGUGGGGCAGAGCUACAUUCCUGCCUGCGUGCCGAACACCUUUGCCCCUUCACCCACCCCGGCCGUGGUGAUGAGUGGACUCAACGAUCUCUUCGAGCUCUCGUCUGGCAUAGGCAUGGCUCCUGGAGGCUACGUGGCUGCCAAGUCUGUGUGGUUGCCUGCAGUGAAGGCUAAAGGAUUGGAGAUCUCUGGCACGUUCAGUCACAGGCAGGGACACAUCUACAUGGAGAUGAACUUCACCAACAAGGCUUUGCAGCACAUGACUGACUUUGCCAUUCAGUUCAAUAAGAACAGCUUUGGGGUCAUCCCCAGCACCCCACUGGCCAUCCACACACCUCUGAUGCCAAACCAAAGCAUUGAUGUCUCCCUGCCUCUCAACACUCUGGGACCAGUCAUGAAAAUGGAGCCCCUGAACAACCUCCAGGUGGCUGUGAAAAACAACAUCGAUGUCUUUUACUUCAGCUGCCUGAUCCCUCUCAACGUGCUGUUUGUGGAGGAUGGCAAGAUGGAGCGCCAGGUCUUCCUCGCCACGUGGAAGGACAUCCCGAAUGAGAACGAGCUGCAGUUCCAGAUUAAGGACUGUCACCUGAACGCUGACACCGUUUCCAGCAAGCUGCAGAACAACAACGUCUACACCAUUGCAAAGAGGAACGUGGAGGGCCAGGACAUGCUCUACCAGUCCCUGAAACUCACCAACGGCAUCUGGAUCCUGGCCGAGCUUCGCAUCCAGCCAGGGAACCCCAACUACACGCUCUCCCUCAAGUGCCGUGCUCCCGAAGUGUCCCAGUACAUCUACCAGGCCUACGAUGCCAUCUUGAAAAACUAACAGCAGCUCAGCCUGUGCCUCACCCUGCAGAAGGAGGGGGGAGAAAGUGGUCCCCAGACCCUCCAUCACCGCCGGCGCCGCUGGGGGGGGGACCACACACACACCCGACACAACACAAGCACUCCUUAACUGGAAGCAGUUGUAUUCAUGUGUAGGAUUGCGGUCAGAGGCACUGAGUAAAACAAGGUAGCAAUUAGCGUCCACUUGCUAACGAUGAUAGGGAACAAACCCCAACCCCAUCCCCAUCCCCUUCCCCCCCCCUUCCCCUCACUUUGGUAUUUUUAGCGUCCGUGGAGUUUGGAACCACUGCUUCCCCCCUCCCUCCCCUCUCACUCACCCUCCGUUCUCUCUCGUGGGCUUCUCCCAUCCUGUGCCAACGUUUCAGUGUUUUCUAAAUGGCUUUAGGUGUAGUUAGGGUUUUGUAAGGACCUCGCUUCCUGGGGGGGGGGGGGAGGGGAACCCAAGCUCCAAGCACACUUCUCGGCUCAUUAAAACCAGGCAAGAGUGUCGAAAGCAUCGCACUGCACUUUAUUUGGUACUUUUAUACUCAGCCCUUUUGGGGUUUGUGGGUUUUGGGGUUUUUUUUGGCUUCCUUUUCGGUUUUCCUUCCUUUUUUUUUUUUCCUGAGGGUUUUUAGUUUGGGGUUUGGUUGUUGUGGGGUUUGGUUUGGUUUGGGGUUUGGUUUUUCCUGUUGGCUCCAAGGGAAGAAGGUGAUUCUGAGCAAGUGCUGGGAGUCCUCCCCUCCUCGCCCCCCCCGGGGACUUUUGGGCUCUGGGCAGGGUGAGGAGGGCCUCGGGGAAGGAGGAGCAGAGCCAUCAGCUGGGGCUGUGGAGGCGGCUGGAGCCCUAAAGAGGCGGCAGGGUUUGUUACACUCGUGCUGGCAGACUCAGCUCUGCUUCUGGGGGGUGUUUUCACUCCAGCCGUCUCCCUGCCUCAUUAGUUGCUGAUUUGAGAGGCAAGGCUGCUGCCGCGUGGGGAGGAGCUGCAGACCCAGGUUGGCAGUGGGGCAGUGGUGGAUGAGAGGAAGGAAACGAACCUUACCCUCAGAGCAGAAGGCUCCGGGUACGGGCUCUGCAGCCUCGCCCGUCUGCAGCCUCUCCUCUCCUUCUCAUGCCAAACUGCCUUCUCCACCAUCCCCUGAGCUGUGCCACCCUCACCCGGCAGUCCCCAAGGCUCUGGCUUGGCAGUGCUGCUUUCCCCCCAGGGCCACAGGCAUCGGCUGUGCCCCUGCGGAAAGGAACCGCUGCUGGCAGUGUCCCAGGGUGCCACAGGGAGUGGAGUGGCUCUGCCUGUUCCCUCUGUUGUCCCCCAAAACCCCGGCUGUGGGGUGAUGGGAGAUGGUUGGGGUUUGGUGGUGUCUGCACCCUGCAUGCUUGGGGACUUCAGGUGCUGGCAGUGCAGAUCGUGGAAGCGUUUCCUGCGCUUGCAGCCUGGCUCUGUGCCCACGGGCACACAGUGGCAGGCCAGCCAGGCUCCUGUGCUCACCCCCUGCCCUCGGCAGCCCCAGCACCAGCCUGCUCCCAGGGCCAGGCCUCCUUCCCUUUCCACUGUGGACUUGCCACAGCGCAGCUGCUGAGCGCUGUGGCACCGGCAGUGGAAACAAAGCCCCUUGCAUGUCCUUGCUCCAUCCACAGCUUGUCCUGCUUGAACCAAGCCACCACCCAGAACAGCUUCAGCCUCCCCAGCAUGCUGAUGCCAUCUCCUCCCCAGCAAGCAAAGCUCCUGUGCAUAGCAGCCCCCAUGUUGUCGUUAUAGAUGCCAUAUUCUAAGCCAGUCAGUGCUUUAGAGUGGGAGAUGGUUCCUCAAGGCUUUGGUGCUGUCUGCAACUCGAAAGCCAGGGCUGAGGAAAGGUCACAAUGCCCUGGAAGCAGCCCGGCAGGGCAUGGGGGCUGCAGGACCCUGAGGAAGGUGAUGUCUCUGUGUAGGAACACCUCUCUGCUCUGGCUGAGGGGAAAGUGGAGCAGCGCUGGAGCGAUGCAGCCCUUGAGCCCUGCCCACGUGUGCUGGGAGGUGAUUUUGCUCCAAGCCCUGCGGGUGCCCUGCGAAAAUCAUUACCAGAGCAAUUAAGGAAGUGCCACUGGCACUGAGCGGGAUGCUGCGAGGAGAUGGCACUUCAGCCUCUCCUGCUAAACAACCAGCGUGACUUUGACGGGAGGGGUUGCUGAGCACCCCCUUGCCCUGCCACAUUCCUGCCCAGCUUUCUGAGCGUGCCUGUCCCUGUGCUGCAGGGCAGAGCCUGGGCUCGGUCGGUGGCUUCUCGCCCUCCCCUCCCGCUCCAGUGUUCGCCGUGUAGCUGUGUUGCUCUUCAGGCCUCACCUGCCUCCGUGUCAAUAAAGUCAUUUCCAUCCUGC